CCAUCACUGGCAAUCAUAGAUGAUUAUCUCAACACAUCCGAGCAGCACUUCGCUCAUAUUCCAUCAUCGAGCUUGCAAGUUGCUGCAUUCAAAGAUACUAUUAUUCCUAUCAAUGAGGCAGAAACCGCUCGCCUGGUUGAUCGACUAAAGCCUUUUGACGCUAUCUCAACGAUGCGCGAACGGACCGCAUUCUCGGGUUCCCUACUGCGCAGUUUGCCCAACUUGAAGCUCCUACUAGCCACUGGGACGCAGUUUGAGACGUUUGAUCUCGUUGCCGCCCGAGAGUUGGGAAUUACUGUCCCUAAUAUCAAGAAAGGAGGAGUCCAUCCCACCACGCAACAUGCUUGGGCUCUCAUCAUGGCACUCGCUCGCAAUGUCGCUGCCGAUGACAGCGCUCUGAAAACCGGCUCCGGAUGGCAAACUGAGCUAGCACUGGGCUUGACAGGGCUCACUAUUGGCAUUGUUGGGCUGGGACGACUAGGAGCUGCAGUUGCUCGAAUUGGACAUCUUGCUUGGGGUAUGAAAGUCUUGUGCUGGAGCGAGAACUUGACGCAAGAAAAGGCCAAUCGCAUGUCUGUAGAGGCUGGCUUGCCACCUGGGAUAUUCCAAGUAGUGAGCAAGGAGCAUCUCUUCCGCAACUCCGACGUCGUAAGCUUGCAUUACGUGCUGAGCGAUCGUUCACGAGGAAUUGUUGGUACCAAGGAGCUGCAGCAGAUGAAAAGGUCCGCAAUGCUUAUCAAUACAUCUCGAGGACCAUUGAUAGACCAAGCUGCACUCAUAGAUUCACUGGAACGCGGAGCAAUACGUGGUGCUGCAUUGGACGUAUUUGAGAUAGAGCCUCUUCCCUUGCAUAGUCCUUGGAGAAGGGCUAAUUACUGGGGUCAUGGUGGACGAUCACGUCUAAUCACCACGCCACAUAUGGGAUAUAUGGACGAAAGGCUUGUGAAUGCGUGGUAUGCCGAGACAGCUGAGAAUGUCGACCGCUGGCUUGAGGGCAAAGAAGUAUUGCACCGUAUU